AUGCAGUCCAACGGCAGCAAGUUCGGCGGCAAGAUUCCCAAAGCCUGCGAGCCAUGCCGCCGUCGCAAAGUGAAGUGCUCCGGGCACAAACCCUGUCGCCAAUGCGAGAACAAGCCAUCAGACUGCGUCUAUCGGCUAAAACCACGCGUGCGGUUGACGACAAAGCGAGCCGCUGCGGCGGCUAUGGAUGCCGAGACGGUACAUGGCGCGUCGACGCCGGGCUCUGAGCACAGCCGCCCAGACGAAGUCGGCUCUCAUCGAUCAGUAGAGGAACACCAACAGCAAGUCGCGCAGACAGAAGUCUACCACAGCGUUGCAGCCGCCCAUCAUGCUCCAAAAUCUACCGAUAGCACACAGCUCUUCUACGGACCUUCGUCAAACUCCGCCUUUCUACAGCAGAUUCAUCGGGGUCUUCUAUCCGGACAAUAUGGUCAAAGCCUCGCCCGAGAUGUUCAAGAGGGAGGACCGGGGUUAGAUAUGUUUAUGCAACGCAACAUAUUUUUCGGCAUGCCGCUGAAGAUUAACGUUGAGCCGGUGCAGCCGACAGCGUGUCCGAUCUCACCAGCACAGGCAGAAGAGUUCGUGGCACACUUCAAACACACGCAUCUCUCAACUUUACCCUUCUUCACCCCUUGCGAGAUGGACGAAAUGAUUCCGGCUUUGUUCUCUAAUGUUGCAGAAUCAGUCAUCCAACCGCAAAGGAAAACUGUACUUUUUGCGGCUCUCGCAUUAGGAGCCUUGGGCACCGCGCAAACAGACGCAGCAGAAUUGCUCUUCGUCCACGCCAAGAAGGAAGCCGUCAUCUACGAGGAUUCUGUCACACUGCCAAUGAUACAAUUCUCAAUACUCACGGCAUAUUAUCAGCUGAACAUGGGACGGCCGAACUCUGCAUAUCUACACAAUGGCGUUGCAUGUCGGAAGGCCCUGGCGAUGGUUGGCUUAGCUUGGUAGUUGGACGACGAAGUAUGAUACAAAAGUCGGAUUUUGACAGCUGUCCGUAUCCAGACGGCCAGCCCACCAUGAUAGCUCUUUGCCAGUUUUCUAGCGUUAUCGAAGAAACCGUCGAGUCGAUAUAUAAUCGAAGGACCGACUCACUCCGUCAGCUCUAUGGGAAGGCGGAGAUAUUGCAUAGUCAACUCCGCCAAUACGGUGACAAAUGGGGACUAGGCUCCGCGGCGUCAUUCCAGCGGAAAGAUGCAUGGAACGCCGAAACCAGUCUGCUCUUACAUAACAUUUAUUUCCAUGUGGUUCUCCUGAUAUAUCGGCCGUUCUUGAUUGCAGAAGCUGCACUCUUGUCUGGUGAGGGAUCAAGCGGAAUGGGAGACAUCUGGCUCAGACAGGCCUGUCGACAUGCCACAGAUGCUGCACAAGAUGCCCUCGCUUUCACAAGCAACAUGCUUCGGGGCCCAGAAGAGUGCAAGACACGUCGGUACCUUGCAUUCUUCAUCGAGUCUUCCUGCGCAGUUCUUUUGUACGAUAGUCUGCGCCAUCCCGCAAAGCACCCUCACAACCUUGAAUUCAUCCAGAUGGCCAUCUCUUGCCUGCACUCUCUUAUUGGAGACGAGCCGGUCACCAACGCCAUCAACUCCAUCAAGCGUAUCGUAUGGGCAGUCGAGCAGUCCAUCAAUGCGUCAAAAUCAGCAGGCGCCUUUCCAGAUGUCGCAUCCGCCGAGUCUUCGCCAGUGUGGUCCGACAGCCGCUUCCCAACCAACAUCCAGUUUCCGUCGCUCGAGGAGAAUAGGACCACCACCACAACCUCCGACGACCUCAUUUUCUUUAGCAAUAGGGGGUACCGUCAGCCUGAGGCCCUGACGGAUUAUGCCAUUCCCAUGGCCGGCACGGGUCCGGUAUUAAAUCCGUUUUCCGAUUUGAAUUUCGACGUCUUGACGACAGAUCUAUUCAACUUCUUUCCAGUUGAUACAAACGCUGCCCCAUGUGCGCAUAAAUGA